AUGGCUGCACUCCCCAUGGCACUGCUUCAGUUGUCGGUGCUACUACUAGUAGUAGUGACGACGAUAGCUCCUGUGGCAUGGGCACUCUCCUCGCCGGCUACAACUACAGUACCCAAGUUUGUGAUUUUGGGUGGAACUGGCAAAAUUGGCACUUCCGUGGCCAACCACUUGCUGAACCGAUCUCCCACUUGCGAGGUUGUCUUGGUGGGUCGUCGUGGAGGAGAUGCUGCCAUUCAAGAGAUAGUUGAUGGUACAAAAAACAGUGACACAAGAAGAAGACAACGAAUUUCCUUUCAACAAGUCGACGACAUUUGGGACGCCAAUUGUUUGGCACCACUUCUGCAAUCAUCACACGGCGUCAGUGCCGUCAUUCACACGGCCGGUCCCUACUUGGAUGAAACUCCCACUGUCUUGGAGGCUGUCAUUGCCGCACGAAUUCCCGUCUAUGUGGAUGUUUCCGAUCCCCUGCCAUUUCUACAAGCCAGUCUGGACCAAUUGGAAGCUGCCAGAACAUCCCAAACGUCGGCACUCUGUGCGGCGGGAGCGUUUCCUGGCAUGUCCAAUGUCUUGGCCAUGGAAGCAGCAGCAGCCGCCAAGAAAAAUGCCGAUGAAACAAUUCAAGAUGUUCGAUUCAAUUACUUUACCAAGGGAUUGGGAGGUUCGGGGACCAUCAACCUCUAUAUUACCAACAUUGGCUUUGGGGAACCCAUGAUCCAACACGAUCAGGGCUCACGACGAGCUCUGACGGAACUCUCGGGCAAGUUAUUGGGACAAGUCGAUUUCUUUUUACCACCCAAUAAUGACAUGAUUAGUGACGAUAAUAAUCAACAAGCCCAACAACGCGUCGGACGACAACAAGUCUUUGCCUGGCCCUUUCCCGAAGCGGCAACGGUCGCGUCCGAAUUGCAAAUUAAAGGGUCGUCCAGUGCCGCCAUGGGAACGGCACCGGAUCUUUGGAAUGUCAUGUUGGGGCUCUUGGUCAACAUUGUCCCCCGACCGUGGUGGCGGUCCAAGGCAUUUUCCAAAUUCAUGGCCGACUUUUCGCAACCUCUCGUUCUCUUGACGGAUGCCAUCUUGCGACAAACAACAACCAGCGAUGCUGAUGUUGGUGAAACUCAUGCCAUGCGCAUUGAUGUAACGACCACUACUACCAAACAAGAAAUGACCUCCAUUGUGCAGGCCCACGAAUCCUUUCGACAAUGCGUGGGACAGUCCUGCGCCGAGUUUUGCUUGGAUCUGUUGGAACAUCCAUCACCGGGAGUUUUUCUACCGGAACAACGAUAUCGAGACGCGAGGGAUCGAAGACGAAUAAUUGCAAAGUUGACCAGUACUCCGGGCACCUUUUGCUACACGGGGCCUGUCAAGUUGUCAUCAUCAUCAUCAUCCACAUUUCCGACGGACAUUGAUCAAGUAGUGGCACAGGCCAAACAAGAACAAGUGGAGUUGUAG